AAUGCCAAGGCAUCCGCCUCGGGUCCAGACCACAUCCUCACCGGUGAAUGGUUGCAAGAAUGCAAAGACAGCUGAGGAAGUGCAGUGCCUCGUGGAUGGGAUGAGAUGAGAUGAGCCGCGGAAAGGACCGAACAGGGGCCGACGCCUAUCAUCGGCGGUCCAAUACGGGCUACCAGUCAGAUGUCAUAUCUUACCUACCUUUCUGGCAAGGUAUCCCACCUUCCAAUGUUACCUCCCCCAGCCUGAAGAUCAGCCUAGUUCCUAAGAGUCGCCGCUUUAUUUUCUUUUUCUUAUCCUCUUCCCUCCUGCUCGACUUUCUUCAUCUCUCUUGUUUCUUUCCUCUUCCUUUUUCAACCUUUCUCUCCUUCCUCCUUUUGAAAACUAUCACCCAGACUCACAGUCUACCGACGCUUCAGUUGUCUACCCAGAUGGGCUACAGAGAGGAGCCCCUCUUCAAAGAGGGCUAUGCGACCGAUGUACUGACGGCGGAGGAGAGCACAGUCCAAGCUCCUCCUGGUGACAAUGAGCUCCAUCGUGCUCUCAAGGCCCGCCAUAUCACCAUGAUCGGUGCGGCCCCGUUCAGUCCAGCUGCACAUGCCAUUCCAUUGUGAAACUAAUCUGAGAUCACUAGCGAUCGGCGGGGCCAUUGGAACAGGUCUCGUCAUCGGAACCGGAUCCGCUCUUGCCAAAGCUGGUGUAGGUGACUGCUUGUUCCAAACGCAAUAAACCAACAUCUGACGCAAAUCUAGCCGGCCUCUAUCCUCAUCU